AUGGGACUAUGUCACAAAGUGGGGACCUCUCGACAGGUGGCCAUGAGAAGAGAUGUGAUAGACCUCACAGAGAUAUUGACAUAUCACGUCAAUAGUGAUAGUAAUUCAGACACUAGAAUGACAAGUGGAAGCUUCAGAGAAGGAUUCAGACUAAAAACAUCAGAUAUAGACUUAAUAUUCUGGCAUACAAAUCAGCGUGUAGUCUGGAAUUUAUCUCAGACUCGGUACUACAACAACCACAGAUACAAAUUAUUUCUCUGUGACUGUUCCAUAAGUCCUCCAGGGUUCUCUUUACUUCGGUUUUUGAUUCCUUCAGGCAGCAUAAAAACAUCAUCAUGCAUUAUAUCAAUAGAGAGCAUGGACAUUCUGUCAGCACUUGUCAGGAGAAACGGUUACCUUUUAAUAUCUAGUUCUCUAUACAGAAAAAACAUGCGUCCAGUAGUACACCCUGUCUCUACUCUACAUGGACCCUGCGCCAGUCGAAUUCAUGCUGGAGUAGAAUAUGAUUAUGCCCACUGUUUUGCCACUGACUUUUGGCCUCCACCUGCAGCCUCUUGGAUAGACAGAUGUCACUCAUGGCCCCAACCUCAUGUUGUGUGGGACAUAAUCAGAAGUGGAUGUCACUUUGUACCAAUUGGACAUAAACUGAGCAAUUAUGAAGACCAUGAAUGGAGAAUUUCUUUCUCACGGGCAGAACAAAUACUUGUGUACUCAAUGAACCACACUCAGUUCUUAACGUAUGGAUUUCUGAAAUUGAUUUUAAAGGAAGUCAUAAACAAUGGAUUAGGAGAAGAGGAUAAACUACUAUGUUCCUACCACAUGAAGACAGCCGUUUUCUGGGUGAUUCAACGAAAUACUGUACCUCAUUGGUGUCCACAAAAUCUCCUGUUGUGUUUUUGGAAGUGCUUCAAACUGAUCCUUAAAUGGGUAUAUGAAGGGGUCUGUCCUAACUUUUUCAUUCCACAAAACAAUAUGUAUCUGAGUAAAAUCCAUGGUGAUAAGCAAAACCAAUUGUUCAUUAGGCUGCAUGCGUUUUAUGAGAAGGGUUUGAUAUCACUGCUACACAGUUCCUCCAUCUGGCCCUAUGUUUUAAAAGUUCUUUAUAACCCGAGACUAUCUAUUUGUACAGACGAAGGCAACUUGUUCCCUGAGUUUGAAAUUGAUUUAACCCUUUUUAAUUGCAUAACGUGUGAAGAUGUAUACGGAAUAGCAAACCUGCUACGCUGUAUGAAAUGCCUACGAGCUGUAGAACAGUUGAUAAAUACACCCUUGACGCCAUAUCAUGUUGCCACCCUACAGAAACACACAACCUCCAUCUUCCAUGAAAUUGCCUUUAUACUAAACAACAUGUACAUCAAAGCUUGUCGAAACAAAAUGGUGUAUAUUGCUGACAGAAUGUCCCAUCGCAUACUGAAAUUAACUGGCAAGUUUGGCUGCACAUCUGAUAUGGUUUAUAUGGCUAUGUAUUACUACAAGACAAUGAGAUUUGUGGACGCAUUGCUUGUUAUAGAAAUGGCAAAAGACUUACAGUUAUAUAAAUUAUCUUAUACUACGGAUAUGUACACCGAAGCUGUUAGAGGAUUGUCCUUGACUUUAAAAAUGAGGUUCUUUACAAGAAGGGAUGUCUUCCUCAACAAUAAUAUCUGUUACAUCGAUGAAUUAUUGCCUGAACAACAGUCUAGUUUACAGGAGAGACAAGGUGCGUUGGUUAUCCCUGUAUUGGUACUCUUGUGUAUGCUGGAGAUCUUGUGCUACCGUCAUGUUGAUACAACAAAAGUACAAACACUUUUAUCUUAUCUCCAGAAUCUAGUAGACCAUCCUCAGAGGAGGAUCAUACAAGAACGUCUAAGAGACAUAUCAUGGCAGAUCCUAGGAAUCUGUUACCAGGUCACAGGGAAUCCACAGGCGGCUCUUUACGCGUAUCAACAGUCACUUUCACAAGUACCAUUAAAUGAAAUAAAACAUGCUUCACUGAUGAGAAUACAAAAUAUUCUUCAGUAA